AAAAAGUAAACUUUAAUGUUGAAAAUGCAAACUUGGAGAGGGCAGAAAGACAUACAAGGCUGUCACUUCACACUUGGAAGGUUGCACAGCGGCUGGGCAGAGGCGCAUUUUUUGUAUUUUUAGUAAAGAUGGGAUUUCAUCAUGUUGGCCAGGCUGGUCUCGAACUCCUGACCUCAGGUGAUCCACCCGCUUUGGCCUCCCAAACUGCUGGGAAUACAGGCGUGAGCCACUGCACUCAGCCCUAGUGUCCUUUGUGCCCACCCCAAGGCCCAGGCAAAAUUGGAUGCUGUAUGCUUCUCUGAAUGAACAUGAAGUUUUCCCCUUGAGGCUUAUGCUAGUGGGCAGCCAGUUCCCCAACCUGGGGAUUCUCUCAAGGCUUACAGAGCUUACUGUAUCAGUCAUUUCAACCAUCCACGCCAAAUAGGGAAGAAUAACUCUUGUCUUUCUAACUCACGAGACUAUUAUGAGGAGAAAAAUAUUAGAGGCUUGACUGGGCACGGUGGCUCACGCCUGUAAUCCCAGCACUUUGGGAGGCCGAGGCAGGCUGAUCACCUGAGGUCAAGAGUUUCAGACCAGCCUAGCUGACAUGGUAAAACCCCAUCUCUGCUAAAAAUACAAAAAUUAGCUGGGUGUGAUGGCCGGCGCCUGUAAUCCCAGCUACUUGGGAGGCUGAAGCAAGAGAAUCGCUUGAACCCAGGAGGCGGAGGUUGCAGUGAGCCGCGAUUGUGCCACUGCGCUCCAGCCUGGGUGACAGAGCGAGAAACUGUCUCGGAAAAAAAAAAAAAAAAAAAAACCUGGGUGUGGUGGUGCACACCUGUAGUCCCAGCUUCUUGGGAGACUAAGGCAGGAGGAUUGCAGGAGCUCAGGAGGUCAAGGCUGCAGUGAGCUCUGAUUGUGCCGCUGCAUGCACUCCAGCCUGGGCCACAGAAUGAGACCCUGUCUCUAAAAAAUAAUAAAAAUUAAAGGGGCUUUGCAAACGCGGAAGGUGUCUGGAUGAUUAUCCCCUGCAUGUGCAGUGCUUUGUUUACAAUUAAUUUGCUUUUUCCGUGUUUAUUCAACAAAUAUUUGUUGAGCCCUCACUCUCUGCCAAGCCCUGUGCUAGAUGCUGGAUAAGCAAGGUAAGUCUUUGUCCUCAAGGAACUUACACUCCAGUGUGACUCAAGGGAAAAAGAAUUUGAAAGUUGCUACUUACCCAGUCCCCUCAUUGCACAGAAACUGAAGCCAGAGGUGUCCACACCUUUCUCCUUCCCAUGCUCUGAUAGCUCCUCACUGCUAAGCUCCCCAUUGCCCGUGACCCCAUGUGGCAGGUUUCCCGCCUGGGGUGCACUCCCAAAAUGGUUUAUGUAAAUAAUAUUGAAAAUUGGACCUUCUCUGCCAAUAAUGGGGCCGUUGCUUUUUGAAAAACUUCCCGUUGAUAGUGUCUCCUAUGACUACCCCUGUCUGGCUGUGUGGUUUACAGAUCCAGUUGCCUCUGCUCUUGCAUUGUGAGAGUCAGCAGAGGCCCAAGAAACCCCGAUACUAGUUUGCUGCUGUUGGUGGGUUUUUUGAGACAAGGUCUCUGUCGCUCAAGCUGGAGUUCAGUGGCGCGAUAACUCACUGCAGCCUCGAACUCCCGGACUCAAGCGAUCCUCCUGCCUCUGGUGGGUUUUUUGAGACAAGGUCUCUGUCGCUCAAGCUGGAGUGCAGUGACGCGAUAACUCACUGCAGCCUCGAACUCCCGGACUCAAGCGAUCCUCCUGCCUCUGGUGGGUUUUUUGAGACAAGGUCUCUGUCGCUCAAGCUGGAGUGCAGUGACGCGAUAACUCACUGCAGCCUCGAACUCCCGGACUCAAGCGAUCCUCCUGCCUCAGCCGCCCCAGUAGCUGGCAGUACAGGUGCACGCCACCACGCCGGUUAAUUUUUUAAAAACUUUUGCAGAGAUAGGGUCUCGCUAUGUUGCUCAGGCUGGUCUUGAACUCCUGGCCUCCAGCGAUCUUCCCGCCGCGGCCUCCCAAGUUGUUGGGCUUACAGGCGUGAGCUACGCGCCGGGCUCCCCGUUCUAGUUAAGAUUUUGUUGCAGGCGAUGAAAAGUCACGUGGCCUCCAAGGUCCUAGAUUUCUGAGGGGCGUCAGCUUGGCACCCUAAUGUACUGUGAUCUCUGGUCAGCUACCCACCCUCUUUUUGCUGUUUUCAUCCUGGGGGCUAACCGCCAAGACAUGGCCUCCAGUUUCCCUAGGGAAGCCUCCGCAGAGGAAGGCACCGGCUGAGGAACCUGGGAAGACCAACCUGGGGAAGGUCUCCCUGCGCGCAGUCUGCGGGAUGGAGGGACCGGCCGAGCCUGCGCACUAGCGCCCCGCCGGCGCUGCUGAACUGAGAGGAAGGGGCGGGGCGUCGCCAGGUCGUGCCAGCAUCCGCCGGACGCCGGAAGUGGUUCUCCGCCCCUGCCACUGGGCUAUGGAGACUGUGGCACAGUAGACUGUAGUGUGAGGCUCGCAGGGGCAGUGGCCAUGGAGGCCGUGCUGAACGAGCUGGUGUCUGUGGAGGACCUGCUGAAGUUUGAAAAGAAAUUUCAGUCUGAGAAGGCAGCAGGCUCGGUGUCCAAGAGCACGCAGUUUGAGUACGCCUGGUGCCUGGUGCGGAGCAAGUACAAUGAUGACAUCCGUAAAGGCAUCGUGCUGCUCGAGGAGCUGCUGCCCAAAGGGAGCAAGGAGGAACAGCGGGAUUACGUCUUCUACCUGGCCGUGGGGAACUACCGGCUCAAGGAAUACGAGAAGGCCUUAAAGUACGUCCGUGGGUUGCUGCAGACAGAGCCCCAGAACAACCAGGCCAAGGAACUGGAGCGGCUCAUUGACAAGGCCAUGAAGAAAGAUGGACUCGUGGGCAUGGCCAUCGUGGGAGGCAUGGCCCUGGGUGUGGCGGGACUGGCCGGACUCAUCGGACUUGCUGUGUCCAAGUCCAAAUCCUGAAGGGGGCGUGGGAGCCCAUGGAGAACGCUCCAGGAGGGCCUGUCCAUCCUCGCUGUCCCUUCCCUGUUCUCCCCCUGCACCCCUGUCUCUGUCCUCUGUGGCCUUCAGCUAACUUCUGCUCCCCUGAGACUCGUCCUUCAGCCCCAAAUCAUGUGCUUUGGGAUGAGUGUAAAUAAAACGGGGCUGUGGCUUGGGAA